AAUAUGGCGGGCGGGUCAUGGCUUUUAAAAGACCUCCAUUCCUACCUCUCUCAGUUAUUUCAUUGAAGCGGACUCAACGUUCUCCAUUGAAGCGUAGUUGACGUUCUCCGAUGAAUCUAGUAUUCCCAUUGAAGCAGCUUCUAAGGGCGUAGAAUGAAGCAGUCACAAGAUCCUUUCGAAGCAGCAUUUGUAGAACAGGAGGAAUCACCACCUGAGUCUCCUGCAGCGGCCAAUGAUAUUGAUACCCAGAUAGACGCUGCUGCGACUGUCAACGAUGCUGAUCAACCCGAGGAUGAGGUGGGAUUGGAACUUGUAGCUCAUCCUAAUGUCGCGUCAACUUCAGCUGCUCCACUAGCUUCUACUGGGAUCACUCAACCCAAUAACAAGAACAAAGAUGAAGACGAUGAGGAGGAGGAAGACAACAUGGAUGUUGAGCUCGGGAAGCUCUCAUCUAGUGGUGACCCUGAUAAAAUGGCCAAAAUGCAAACCAUCUUAUCUCGAUUUACAGAGGAGCAAAUGAGCAGAUAUGAAUCUUUUCGGAGGUCUGGUUUCCAGAGAUCCAACAUGAAGAGGGUAUACCUCUUUCACAUGUUUCUGCUAUCUUAUUUGUUAGUAAGUAUUACAGGCAGUCAGAAGAUUUCUGUACCUAUGUCCAUUGUUGCAUCGGGAAUUGCAAAAAUGUUUGUUGGGGAGCUCGUUGAGACAGCUAAAAUAGUGAUGUCUGAAAGAAAGGAUUCUGGCCCCAUUAGGCCAUGCCACAUACGAGAAUCAUAUAGAAGGCUGAAGUUGGAAGGCAAAGUACCUAAAAGAUCAGUUCCAAGGCUCUUCCGUUAAGGCGUUUAUUACCCUAGGGCAACUCUGCAAAUCCUCUUGUUAAUAUUCCUUCAUCAAUUCGUCAUUAGGAUCUCUUCUGUAGUUGAAAUUUUGCUAGAGUUUCUGAUUUAUGAUAAGGUUGAAGAACCUCAAAGUUCCGUUCUCUGAAAGCAAUUCGUUGAAAUGUUAUGAUGAAGUUUUUAUAACUAUGUACGCCGUUUAUUGCAUCUAGUACAGACUGCAGUCUGCGCUGUGCAUUUCAGUUGA